CUUGCAGGACGCUCGCGCGUCGCGGGGCUGUUACACGGAAACUUUGGAUACCUUCAGCACAAUUUGGCGCUUUUCUGUGGAGUCCUAACUACUUGUGGAAGUUUUUCGGCUUUUUUUUUUUUUUUUUUUGGUAAAUUAGCAGAACUUUUCGUGGUUUCGGAUAAUUCCGGACAAAGUGGCGCUCCAAGGUGGUAUGUAGUUAGCUAGUUAGACAUUGAACUAAGUUUGUUUACAUGUAAAGCGCUCGAGUCUUCAAUGGAGCAAGAUAGCUUCUGAGCUUCUGAGGGACUGAGCACUAAAAUGCGAGGAAAUUUAUAUUUUAUGAUAAUUUUCAGUUGUAAGAUUAUUCACCACGUGUGCCUUCGAAUUUAAUAUAGUAAAAAUAGUUUAAAAAAGUUCCAUUUAAAAUGAAAUGGGUAACAUUUGUUGUGAGUGAAAACAUGACUACUUAAAUAAUAUAACUGGCUAAUCUCUUAGGGAGAAAUAACACAUGAAUGGUCUUAAUCUCUACAGAUUAAACAGAGGUUUUAUUGAGAUUAACGAAAGCAGUCUGAGUGGAGUUUUGCUCCAUUAUGUUGCCUUUCCUGUGUAAAUACUGCUGCGGUAUUUUAGGAAUGUGAAGUGUGUGGAACAAAGCUAGAGCUAAGAAACUCUCAAGGUUUUACAGAAUAAAGCUAUAAAAUAUUCCAGUGAGCUCGUGUUUCUUCUGAGAUUAGUAUUAGAUGUAUUUAGGAGCUCCGAUCUACUGUACUGUAGUGGUGGCUCAGUGGUUAAGCUUUUAGACUACAGACUGUGAGUUCAAAUCCCAGCUCUGCUACUGCUGGGCCCUUGAGCAAGGCCCUUAACCCUCAACUGCUCAGUUGUAUAAGUGAGAUAAAUGUAAGUCACUCUGGAUAAGGGCAUUUACCAAAUGCCUGAAAUGUAACUGUAGUAAUUUCCACUUGUGCUCCUACUGGAUCGACCCGGAUGAAGAAACAUCACUUAAGUUUGAUAGGUUUUUUUUCCCCCCUCCUGUAUUUCCACACAUGGGGGUUCAGAGCUUUAUCGUUUUCCAGCAGGGUCUCACCGAGGAUGGAAACGCCUUUGGAUGUUUUGUCAAGAGCAGCAUCUUUAGUGCACGCUGAUGAUGAAAAACGCGAAGCAGCACUGCGUGGGGAGUCCAGAAUGCAGCCCAUGUCUUCUACAGUCAAUAACCACAGGACAGCUCCUCCUCCCAUCAGCCCCAGUAAGAGGAAACACAGCAUUGAACUGAACGACGAUAGCAUGGACCCCAGCAACGAGCAUGUGGCCAAGAUGAGUCGCCUGUUCGCUACACACCUAGGAAAGCCCACAAAUGGCGAUUACCGCAGGGAGCCUCGUGAACGGAGCCGCAGCCCCAUCGAGCGCCUGCACGCUGCCCACCUUUACGCACACAUGCCGAACCUGGCCAUGGAGCAGCCGCUCGCACUAACCAAAAACAGCGCCAAGAUCCCCAACUCACAGAGCGCCAGCCCCAUUGAGCGCCAGCAGAAUCGGCCCUCGGUGAUCACGUGUGCCCCUGCGAACAACCGUAACUGUAACCUCUCUCACUGCACUGUGUCUCACAACGGCUGCCCUUCAAACUACAGGAGGCCUUCUAACUCAAACGCAGCAUGUGACCCUGUGAUUGAGGAGCAUUUCCGUCGCAGUCUGGGGAAAAACUACAGAGAGCCCGAACCGGUCACCAACUCUGUGUCUAUCACCGGAUCGGUGGAUGAUCACUUCACCAAGGCUCUGGGAGAGACCUGGCUCCAAAUCAAAGCUAAGGGAGGCUCCACCGGAAGCCCCGACUCCUCACCUAACACUCACAUGGUCAACAUCAAUCACUCUCCAUCCCUAGUUUCCUGAAACAGAGGACCAGCUGUGCAUCCCGCUCUCCUUCCACACCGCUUCACUCUCAAAGCGACUGUGCAUGAUUCAGCUCCGCUUCCGGCAGCGCUAGCAUAUAGCCGUGUACAUAAUCUAACACGUUUCUUAUUGUUUUUUUUUUUUUUUUUUUUUUUUUUUUUUAAUAUGUGUAGCUUGGAGGCCCACAACAAAAGAAUUAAUAAGCAGGAUGUGAUUUUGGUUUAGAGGAGAGUCAGCUAGCACCCUAACCACCUGCCUCAGAUACCAAAGAAACCUCUGAUGCAAACUUUUUGCCCAAUUUUAUUUCUUCACACCCAGCUAAACUGUCUUUUCUCCGGUUGUCUCGCACCACCCUUUAUACAUGUAAUGUUCUCUCGGCUUGUGGGAGUUUUACGUAGCCAAACAUCUUCUCAAGGGUUGUCUGUGAGAGUACACUUGUAAAGGAGACGAAAACUGAGAUGCCAUGAGGUUUGUUUUUUAAUUAAAGUGACUAAAAGAGGUGAUGAAUCUGAGAAGAGAUUAGUUUAGUAAAACCCCCAGCACCUCCCCCCUCCCAUGCUGCCCUGUUUUCGUACGUGGAUCGUUGACAGAAAGUCUUUUGCACUAUUAUGGCCAUAAAUUAUGUGUUGGAGACUCAUUUCUUGGCCAAAAUGUUUAAUGAUGGCUGACAGGAUGGUUGGGUGAUGAUUUACGUCAUUAAUAAGAGCUGUUUUUUUUUUUUUUUUUUUUGGAGGGGGAAGUGUCGAUCUUUUUCGCCUCUCUUCUAUGGUGGGUGCUGACAACUGGACUGUGUCAUGUUAAAUCUUGGGCAUUUUUGUCGUCUUUUUUCCCCAAGCACUGUGGUUUCGGUAGAGUAGCUAAGGUUUUGAGGGUAAACUGUUGCUUACCAGUGCAUGAUUUAUGAUUUUUUAAUAGCUGGUAUCUAUUAUUGUGUAGACAUUUCAUUCGUAAUACUAGUAGCCUUUUCCUCAGAUUGUAGUUUAUUUUUGUCAGUAACAAUCCUAGAUAAACUUACUGCUGGUACAGUUGUACUCCAUAUUAUUAUUUUUUAUUCAAUAUACAUUUUGGUAGAAGCCAGAUACAGAGGACAGCCUCCGGACAGGCCAUCUAUAUAUUAACAGUGGAUGUUUAUGAUAUUAAUCCGUGGUACAGGAUGCUGUUACAGUUUUUUGCGUGACUGAAACAUUCGCGGCUACAGACAGGUCAGCUGAGAGUUGACAAUCUGCCGAAAAUAUCGAGAGCUAAGUUUUGGUUUUUUUCUGUUAACCUUUGGCUGCAGCUAUUAGUCUGUUUUUUCCUUUCUUUACAGUUUUUAUUUAAACACCCAGCCUGUACCAAGGUGAAAGACAUUCCUCCCAUAGGGAACUUAGUACAGGUCUUGCUUUCAGCUCUCAUUUUCAGCAAAGCUACUAAUUUUAGUAGAAAGUUGAUGCUCAGACUGAGGCGUCGCUCAUCUUAAGCUUGUCCUUACAUUCCGUCAGAUCCCAGCAAAACCAUUUGACAUGAACAAAUUCGGAGAGCUUGCUGCCAGACUGGCGUCUUUACUGAUCUCAAAAUGUCACGUUUAGUAAAGAACUCGACAUAUAAGACUGUUUCCCCUUGUACGUAUACGUGAGAAAAUGGUCAUAUGCUGCAUCAGGCCAUCGUCAUGUCCUCUUUGUGCAUGGACAGCGAAGAGGGAAAGACACAAAGUGUACUGAGGUCAAUAGCCACACAUUUCACUACCAUUUUACUAGGUAGGAAACUCACUUUCUCUUCUUGACACACAUUUACCUUACACACUGUAGGUAAAUCACAUAACAAAAAGAAAAAAAAAUAUAGGUAACUAUAAGACCAUCAUUACGCUGUGCGUAAUGAGUGUACAGAGAAAAAAAAUCGUAGGUAUUUUUUGAGGAACAAUUAAUUUGUUAAUGAUAUGUAGCUAUUUAAUUUGUUUUCCCUGUCCUUUAUUGUAAUCAUGCUUUUUUUUUUUUGAAGAAAAAAGUUGAUCUUUUUCAUUUGUAGACUUACUGUUAAAGGUUUAAAGUGCAGGAACACAGUUAUUGUAUGAAAACACUGCGUUAUAGCCACUUGUGUAUUAUUUUCUGAAGGCUACUGAGCAGUCUCAGUCCAGCAUCGAACACGGAGGCUUUUCAGCCGUCUCUGGAGGCAAGCAAACAAAAAUCACUAAUCAUUAAAGGAGCAGUUCCACUGUAAGUGAAAUUUAUCCUGUUGUCCUCUUUAACCCAAAUGUUGUCCGAAUUCGAUAUCGGAAAUUUGCUCCUGGAGUUUUGCACUGGAGCUAUGAGGCUAACGUGAGUAGAAAGAAGCUAAUGGCCUUCAGUUUAGCAUCGGGCUCGAAUAAGAGCGGUGGCUUUCAGAUUUCCACCGUUCGAAGGAAGAAUUGUACAUUAAAAGUGAUUCAGAUUAGUGUUCCACUCUGUUGUAUAUCAUUUUGAAUGCAGAUUUAUUCUAAACUGUUUCUGUACAAAUGGAGUUACUGAGCCAAAUGUCUUGAGGUGAGUGUGUGAUGAUUUAGACACGCAGUGCGUAUGAUGCUAAACUGGAGCCUAUAAGCUUCCUUUAGCUGUUAGCUGCAUUAGCCUUGUAGCUCCAGUGUAAAACUAAAGAAGCACAUUUAGGACAUCAAGCAUGUCUUGGUUGAAUUUGGGGUACGGAGGAAUUAAAUUAAUUAAAUUUUUGGUUUGCUUUAAGAGGAACUCCACUCUGACUUUACCGUUUGUGUUUAACUGCCCUUAAAACAGCAAAUCUGAGGAAGAUCAUGUGCACUUCCAAAAGAAUAAACACUAGAAAUGAACGUGUUGAUCUUUCACAGCUAGUGUAUUUCUGAAUGGUUUGUAAAUCUGUAUUAUACUCUCAUUUUGUGGCCUUGUUUCUCUUUUGAAUAAACCAAUUGGCAGGCCAUUGUUUUGUACUUAAAGUAGCCUUGAUGAACAAUAAAGAGCUCUUAAACUACA